AUGACAGACAUUAAGAAGGACGAGUUCAGUUUCGACAAGGUCGAUGAGGAUCUGAAGGGCUUUUUCUAUGCCCCACCCGGCUAUACUGACCACACCUUCAAAUCCUCCAGCGGCGUCGAGCUCGGAGUCCGUGUCUGGCCGGCCGAGAACGUGGUCCAAGACCCAGCCCCGAUUGUGUUCUGGACCCAUGGAGGUGGGUUCCUCGGCGGACACCACUUCGUCCCACUUCCGUGGCUGACACCCGGCUUCCGCAAGCGCGGUUAUCACCUUGUUUCUCACAACUACCGUCUUGCUCCCCAAGCCGCUCUCGAUCACCAAGUUUCCGACUGCAUCGAGGCUGUCGAAUGGUGCCGCAAGAAUCUCCCGUCCAUCUUGGGCGAGGGCAAGGUUGACGUCGACCGCUAUGUCCUUGUUGGUGAAUCCGCUGGUGGUACCCUGGUGACUCUAAUGGGCCUGCACUUGACUUCACCUCCUCCAAGGGUCAUAGUCGAUGUCUACGGCCUUGUAGACAUAUCGCCCUUUGUCAACAUGCCCGGCCGCACACCUGAGCCUUGGAAAGGAGAGUUCACCGACGAAGAACUAGAACGCUUCAUCAGCGAUCGGGAUCUGAACAACGUCUUGACAGAUGCUUGCUGCUGGAACGAGCAGGAACUAUUUUCCGAGGAAGAGCUUAAAAAGCGCUGGGCGGCCAACAUUAAGUACGACAAGCGUUUCCGGCUACAGGCUGAAGCCCACCAGUGGCGCUCUGUAAGGGCGCUUCCGGGUGACAUUCACAAGGCCUUCCUCCACAGCGAGCGAUUCCCUGACAAGGCAGAACUGGACAAGUUCAUCACGUCUAUGGCUUCUCUCAGGGUUCUCCAGGAGGACAAACAGCGGCCUUACCCACCAACCGCCUUCCUCCACGGUAGCGCCGACGAGUCUGUGCCCAUUCAGCAAAGCUAUCACAUGGCCGCUACGCUCAGAGAGAGAGACGUUCCUGUCAUUGAAAGAUACGAGGAGGGUGAACCGCACGUAUUUGACAUAAAAUACACGGGCCCCAAUGUCCCAGGAUGGGAGACGACCAUUCAGCCCGUUCUCGAUUUUGUUGACCAACACGUUGGGAUUAAGAGGCACUACCGAGUAAUGAAGAUAUUGAUGAAUUACGAAUGCGAGUAA